UUCGGUAUCGCGCUCAGAACAGACGUGUUCAGUUUUCAAACGACGACACGUUGUACUUUCUCGCUCUUCGGUCGCCUAGUGUGCCUAUAUUUGUUUGUUUUUGGCUAGUUGUGUGACGGCGCGCUCAACCCACAGCAUCCCCUUGUACUUAGAGUGGUUUUUUUUUCACAAGUUUUUAGUUUUCACUUGCUCUGCUUAAAGCCUGGUGUUUUUUGUACGACUUAUAAGCGCGCGCGGGCAAGAAAUCGGUGUGUUUACCUGGCGCAGCUUAAAUAUUAAUAGGUCACCAGAAAAAAAGAAUACUGAAGCGGUUAGUGCGAAUGUGAGUGCCCGCGAAGACAGAACUCGAUUGAUUUCGAAGUGAGAUGCUGUCGAAUCGAACUCAAGCGCGGACUUACGGAGGAUAACGUUUUGUUCACAGGGUGAAUGCUGAAACAACAACACCCAACGAGAAGGAAGAGUACAAGAAAAGUGUGAAAUUGUGUUGUGAUUUUAAUCUCUUGCCAUUAGUUGAAAGAAGACGACAACGACGACGGAGACGAAGACGACGGCUGAGAAAUGGAUCGAAGAAAAUGAGUUGAAGUGAACGGAAUAAUUAAUUUCUUUUCUUGAAAGACGUAGAGAAAGAAGCUGAUCGAUCAUAUUGUGUGAUAAUAAAUUAUUUAUUUAACGUUAAUUAAGUGUGUGUGAGUCGCGGUAUUCGAUGUGACUUUGCGUCCGAUCUUGCUGUGUGAUUAUACGCGCAGGACGUGAACGUGAAUCUAUUGGCUCCCCGGAGUGGUGAACGGAACGGAGUGGGGAGUCUUAGUGCAAUAGGAGAAAAAUUUCGUCAUCCGGUCGCGCAAUAGCUGACCGGACGCAAGUGAGCGAUCGAGCAGUGGAACAUGUCGACCAUGCCGGUGGUUUGGUGCACCGAUCCGAACUCCGCCGAGAAACGGCAGGCGUUUGCGUUGCAGGGCAUCCAGCUGCAGGGUAACAUCACCGAGAAGCAUGUGCUGGCUAUGAAGGAACUGAUCAGUGCGGCGUCCGAAGGUCGUUUGCUGCUGCCCAGCGAUGGUGCUAUUGUCCUGCUGGAUUGCGGCCUCAGCAUCGGAUCGAUGGUUAUAGAGGGCAAGGCUGGACGGGAGGUGGCCAAGGCUAGCAAUCAUAAAUCAAUUCUCUCGGCCGGUCCGGAGGCUGCAAGUGAUGCUGGUAAUUGUGGCCCGAAAGAAGAGCCCACAGAGGAGGAGGCUAAUAAUGGUGGGGGAAAUAUUGAUGAAAUUGGUGGUAGCGAUCGGUGCGAUGGUACAGCAGCGGAGGACCCCACUGUCAAGGUCGAUGGUGGGGUGGGCAACGGAGAGGGAGGAGAAGCAGAAGCCGAAGAAGAACAUAUCAUAGAGGACGCCUUUCUCGCCGAGCUAACCACAGAGGAAAGCAAACCGCCGGAUUUGGAUGGUACCGCCGAGGGUGGUGGUGCGGAGAGUGGCGAGGUGCUGUAUGAGUUUCUCUGCUGUGCCAAAUGUAUGAACGAUCCGUCGUCCAGUUGUUCCAAUCCGCCCAGUCAUCGCAGCCGCAGCCUGAGUUCGCUCAACAACAAAUCCCAGCUGCUGUCACGGUUUCUGAACGGUCGAGCCAAGGCCCGGCUAUACUGUGACCCUCUGUACAACAUAUCCAACCGGUACUUUAAGCGAUCGGCCAAUCACAAGGGCAGCAAGUCGCGAGCAGACUCACGCCGAAAUGUGCUCCGCAAGAGUUCAAUCCGAAGCGAUCGGUCUGCCGGGGGGAAAGUGGUUAAGAAGAGUUCCGAAAAUAUACCCAUCUACGCGACGGUUAAUAAAAAAAUGAAGCUCAAAUCGCGGCUGGAGACGCUCCGACGGCAGAACAUCGAUGCGGACACUUUGGCGCUACAAAUUGCACUCGACAGCCAACAGCUGAUCAAGCGCAGGGUGAACCCAACGGCGGCGGCGGAAGAUAACGAUCCAUCAUUGCCCGUUCUCGCGCCGUUGUCCCCUGGCGGGAAGCCCUACAAUAGCUCCAGCAGAAAAACUAGUUUCGAUUCCACAUGCACGGUGAGUUCAAUGGAUUCUGGCUUUAUCGAUCAGCAGCAGCGACAGCAAUUGAAACAACUCCAGCAGCAGCUCCAACAGCAGCAAGAACGACAAAAUAAGAACCCACAUACGGUCCCUUCUUGCCAACCGGAUGUAACUGUAACGGGGAAAGAUGGUCCGAAAGAGGUGGCGAUGCAAUCAUCGCUGAUCGAUGCUGCAAUCGUCGUUGUAGACGAAGAGGAUCGCCUCAAUGAACUGUCCAAGCUGCACAUCAAAGAGUGCUUGGUGACCCAAUCGCGCAACCGGCGGAAGUCCUACGAAGAGUUCAAGUCUCUCUUCCGGCAGCAGCAGCAACAGCAAACCGAGUGCCGCAAUCGGCUGUCUGUGGUGGACGAGAAGGAGAACAGUGGUACCGACCACACCGGCAGCAGUAGUGUAAGCAUAAAGGCCCGACGAAAGUCUUACGAGGAAUUCAAAGCUUUAGUCAAAAUUUGUGAUAGUAGCGUUAGUAAUUUAAAACCUACGUCGGAGAAGGAGGAUCAACAGCAGCAGCAGCAGAACACGACGACCCAUUCGGGCGUCGGCGGGUUGUUCAGGAUGAAGCGCAAGAACUCGCGACGUCUCAGCCUGAAGAAGCUGAAGAUGAACGACAAGGCUGACCCCCAGCGGACGGCAGAGGGCGGUGGCAAAUCCAUCCCAUCAGUGAUUAGUAAUAGCCUAGGUAAGAUUAGAGACGACGAUAGUCAAGUUAAGAGUAGUACAAUCUAUGAUAUCUUGCGGAAUAAGAGCAAAGCGGAAGAACACAAGACGAUGUCGCUUGGGCGGGAGCUGUCGCCGUACCUGAAGGACGAAAUCUACCGCAAAAACCAGAAAAUCUACGACCGAUUAAUCUCGUACGGAAGCAAGGCAUACAAAAAGUACGACAAGUACAUGACCUAUGGUACGAUCUACGAAAUCCUUCACCGUAAAUCGGAUGCCGCCGAGGAAGUGUUCCUGCGCAAGCGGGCACUCUCGGAGAAAUUCGCUAAAAGGAAACUUAGCAUGAACACUCCCUACAGUUCGCUCAAGUUCGGUACCAUCUACGACAUUCUGCAGGGUAAACAGACGGGUCCUUCUGCUGCUUCCCUAAUUCAUGACCAGGUCGUCAGUAGUGGUGUUGUUUCCAAAGACACCGAACCAACGAGUAACUCCAAUACGCUCUCCACGAUAUACGACAUCAUCCAUCAGCGAACCGAAUCGCCCAAGCAGCAAACCAAGAAUCGCUUUCUAGUGAAGAAAAUCACCGAGGAGGAACUCCAGAAGUGCAACGAAAACAAUCGCAACGAACUGAACACUACUGCUGUGGUAAGCUCGCCGGACUCCCGAAAGGGUCCACCCUCUCCGGAAUACACCACCCCCAAACCGAUGGGCGCUGCCAAAAAACCCACUCGGGCGCGCCGCUUCUCCAAUAUUCUAUCCUACAGCCCACGUACUGCGACGACGACGACGGCGGAACCCACUUUGCCCGACCCUAGCAAACUAUCGAGCAAUACGGCCCGGCUAAAACAGAUCGCCGCCAGUGACGAAGACUUAUACAAACGUGCCAGUUCCAAACACUAUACAACCUCCCACCGCCAUAUUACACAUGCUAGCUCGAAGCAUCCCGAGCAGGACAAACUACGUCAACCCAACGUUCAACCGCGAAUCCAAGGCGUCCCUGGGGACGACGACCUGUACUCCCGCAUUGGGAAACUACGCAAAUCCGCCACCGACUCCAACGCUCUCUGCUCCAAGAUCGACGAGGGUCUUCCCACGGAACCCGGAGACAGCGGCAGCAGUCCGAAAAUUUUCCAGCACCAGUUCGAAGUGACCUCCGGUCGGAACGAUAGGUUGCUGCUGAUGCCCCGUCCGGGAGCGAUCUUCAAGUCCCACUCGCUGGACAUGUUGGCCCCGAACAAGUUCUCCAGAAAUCCCCGUCUGUUCAAACAAUCCAGCAGCGGUGGACCGGUGCGAAAGCUCUCCCCGCUGGUGCUACCCCGCAAGAUCUCCGCCGGAACGGCGGCGUCGUCGUCGUGUCCUCAGCAGAAGAAGAGCACUCGCCGGCUGUCGGAGUUCACCCGCGGAGAGUUCCUGAACGAGAAAUUAUGGUACUUCCGAAAGAUCAAGAGAAUAGAGGCGGAGAAGAAAUUGUUGCUGCCAGAAAACGAGCACGGCGCGUUCUUGAUCCGCGACUCGGAGAGUCGACACAACGAUUACUCGCUGUCGGUUCGUGAUGGCGACACUGUCAAGCACUAUCGAAUCCGGCAGCUGGAUGAGGGAGGGUUCUUCAUCGCCCGGCGGACAACCUUCCGAACGCUGCAGGAACUCGUGGAACACUACAGCAAGGACUCCGAUGGGCUUUGCGUGAAUCUCUGCAAACCAUGCGUACAGAUCGAGAAACCGGUCACCGAUGGGCUGUCCCAUCGCACACGAGAUCAGUGGGAGAUUGAUCGAACGUCGCUCAAGUUUGUCCGCAAGCUCGGCUCCGGCCAGUUCGGUGACGUCUGGGAAGGUUUGUGGAACAACACGACGCCGGUCGCCAUCAAGACGCUCAAAUCUGGCACCAUGGAUCCGAAGGAUUUCCUUGCGGAGGCUCAGAUCAUGAAGAAGCUGCGACACAACAAACUGAUUCAGCUGUACGCUGUGUGCACCCUGGAGGAACCAAUCUAUAUCAUCACCGAGCUGAUGAAGCAUGGAUCUCUGUUAGAGUUUUUGCAAGGCAAGGGAAGAAAUCUCAAGCUUCCCCAGCUGAUCGACAUGGCCGCCCAGAUUGCGGCCGGUAUGGCGUACCUCGAGUCGCAAAACUACAUUCAUCGGGAUUUGGCCGCACGAAACGUACUCGUUGGCGAUAGCAACAUCGUUAAGAUUGCCGAUUUCGGCCUUGCAAGAUUGAUUAAAGAGGAUGAAUACGAAGCACGCGUCGGGGCACGAUUCCCAAUCAAGUGGACAGCACCGGAAGCGGCGAAUUACAGCAAAUUCUCGAUCAAGUCGGACGUGUGGAGUUUCGGCAUCUUGCUGACAGAGUUGGUCACUUACGGUAGAAUACCGUAUCCAGGUAUGACAAAUGCCGAAGUUUUGAACCAAGUCGAGCACGGAUAUCGAAUGCCCCAGCCACCGAACUGUAACACAAGUCUGUACGAGAUUAUGCUCGAGUGCUGGAACAAGGAUCCGAUGCGGCGGCCCACCUUCGAGACGCUCCAGUGGAAGCUGGAGGACUUCUUCACCAUGGACCCAAGUGAAUACAAGGAGGCGGCCCCCUUCUGAUAAUUGGCGAUCGUACACGCUAAUAUAUCAGCUACAACAACCGCCGCCGCUGACGCUUCUAUUACAACUACUGCUUCUAGUUCUACGACCGCAAUUGCUGCUGCUGCUGCUGCUGCUUCCGACGCCGCUGGAACAACUCGCCACCGACAGCAACCGCAGACAAGACGUCAGGUACUGCUGUUUAUUUAAGUGUGUCCACCUCGAUUACCCAUACAAUUGAUUUGUUGACUCUAUAUAAGCCGCCACAAUCUCCCGAUUUUCGAAAACAUAACUCCCACUUGAAUAGCCCACUUUAACACAGCAAGUGUUAACAAAAAAAAGAUACAGAUACAAAACAUUGUAGCGAUCAUCUGUGUCGACAAACUGACCCCGGUCACAGUUGUAACAAAUAGUAUUUUAGCUUGAUUGCGCCACAGUUAUCCUCAAGUCCAACAGACAAACCACUUCCGGUUGAAGAUCCUAAUUCGAUUGCCAUUCCAUUGGCAUAAGAGAGCGAGAGAGAGAAUGUUAAACUUAUCGAAACAAUCAUACUUUUAAAACGGCUAUGGAUAACAAUGUGUUCAUUCGUUCCUUCGUGGACGACAACUGCAACUUGCAAAGAUGUCGUCAGAAAUAUUUUAUGUUUGCAUUAGGUUCUCUAGAGCAGCUAUACUCAACCUGCGGACCGUGGGCCGCAUAUAGUCCGGCGGGCUUUUCUAGUUGGCCCAUCUGGUGUUACAUUAUCUUAAAAUAUUUUGUUAAAUGCGAACACCCCAGAAAUCAUUAUCUAUUUUUUCGACGCUGAACUGCAUCUUUCAGUAAUCUCAGCACCAUUAGGUGCCAAAUCAUAAAAUAGGACACAUUUUUAUGAAAUAAAUAGAGCAAAUGCAGCGUUCGUUCUACGGACAAUGUUGAUAGAGAAAAUAUUGCAAUUUAAGCUCCGCCCGUUGUAAUUUAUUGAUUCGCGAUUCAUCAAUCAUCUAGCUAGCGACCAGACGGCAACGAGGUUUUCCAAAUGGCCUCGGCCCAAGGUCGAGAGUCUAGUUUCGUUACCAAAUGUAUGCCUUUUUAGGCCUACAGGCGAAUGAACUGUUGAUUAUUCAAGUCACAGGCUCGCACCAGCUGGUAGGCAGCUACACGAUACAGGAAAAAUAGAAGAUCACACACAGUCAAUAUCGUUCGAUUGAGACACUAUGUCGAUUUUCAUACCGUCCAGUGGAGAGCGCUUCUGUAUUUUUGCAGCACAUCAUUUCUGCAUUUUUUCUGGGGUGUAUGUUUAAAAUUAAGUUUCGAAAAUGUGUGCGUUACGUUUGAGGUGCAAGGAUUUAACCGUUAAUACUUUUUUGUCACGAACGCCGCACCCCGUUUCCUGUUUCCCGCUUGCCAAAUCAUAUAUUUCUUGGCAAACUUUGAAAGUUUCUGCUACGUUAUUUCCUCCGGAACAUCGACCUAGUGCUGGGCGAUGAAGAGCAGUAACCCCGGAAGCUGCCGGAAGUCCGACCUCACGUAAGUCUAAUCAUCCAUGAUGAGAACAUAAGGCUUCGUCAGCAUCUGAAUGUACAGUUUCCGGGCCCGUAUUUUGCCGUUCGUCACGAUUUGGAACCUUCUGCACUUUGUACGUAUCCUCUCCCGAUUCAUGGCUCCCUAAACGAAAGGCUUGGACAGAUUUAACUUUUUGGCCACAGCGCUGACCGAAGCAUUGCGAUUCCGCAUAAACACUUUACGACACGCUCAUGAUCUUGAACACUAAUAGAACAUCCAUUCUGACCACCUUUCUCCUUCCGUUCGAUGCUCAGAGUGUCGUAGUAAUUUUCAAUCACACGACUCACCAUUGACUGCAUGAUUCCGAGUUGUUUUCCGAUACCCCGAUGAGAGAGUUGAGGACUUGCCAGCUGCUUGCGCAAAAUCAAUUCACGACGCUGCUUUUCGGGUGACGGCAUUUUUAAAAUUUUCGAAAAUCAGACAGCGAUAAAAAACUAACAGCAGUAUAAACAAUACACUCUAAACUACUUCUAUUCAAAUUUUCAAGAGAAAAUACUCAAUGGGUAAUUGUCUACAGCGAUUUUUUUCCGUGAUACAAUUUGAUGUGGGACACCCUUUAGAAGAGUAAUGUGUAAUGAUGAUGAUGUUAUGAGUUAUUGAGAGACUUUCUCAGUUUAUUCACCUAUUCCAUGAGCUAGUAUGGAUAAUUUUUAUUCCGAUAAAGUAAAAGGUGCAAAAAUCAGGGAAAAUCAGGAUCAUUUCAGUAUAAUCAGGCAAAGUUGAAUGUUUGUCAGGAUAUCCGAGAAAUUGCCAAAAAGUCUGGGAAAUCCUGAAAAAUCAGAAAGGUUGGCAUCUCUGGUGGUGAGAGCUGCAGGCGUCUGCUGUCGAUGACUCCACCCCACCACACUUACGAUUUGGUUCGGAUUUUCUGUUGUCGUUCUAAGUAUUCUUUGGAUCGUUGUUUUGUGGGUUAUAUUGGAAAACUACUUGGUAAUUCAGUAAUUUCAGUGUUUGGGUGUCGCUCUAGAAAGCGAGCAAUCAAUAGUACAUGCUAAUUCUAUGAGUUAAUUUGAAAAUUUGCUCUAACUGGCGUUUUAAUGUUUCGCGUAGAUUUGUAUAAGCAGUUCUAGAAAAAAAAAGAUUCUUUUUUUGUCUUUGUGAGAACCAGCAAAACCAUUAUUCCACAUUCCUUAACCUUAUCAAUAUACAUUUUCCAUAAAAAACAACAAUAAUUGCGAUAUUUGCAAGUAUCAAGUGUCAUUUUUAAUGUUGUGCAAUGAACUGCAAAGUUUAAGGUCUCCUUAAAAACAAAGAACUGGACUGAACGUUGUUUAGUGUUGCUCCAGUGGUGUCGCACCUAUAAACAUCUUCCGUGCAUCGCCAUUCAACCAGCAUCAAACAAGCCUCCCAUAGAGAACGCACAGAACGCAUAACACACCGAUGCAUCGAUAAGAAUGAAACAUCAUCUCGAGAAUGACCUCGGCUCGGCUCGAUGUGCUGAUUGCACUGUCAGAUACACAGCGAGUGAAAUAUUCGCAUUCGUCCACAGCUCGAGGGAAAACGAAGAUGACGCAAAACGGGCAGAAUAAGCGAUGUUCGUUGUUUUUGGUAUAGAAAGAGACUGUUUUUUUCUCAGAGGAGAUGCAAUAUUUAUACGCUAGCGACAGCGACCAAACUGUGCAAGGGUGGAGUUUAAGCCGCAAAUAUUCUCUUUUCGUUAUUCCCUUUCGUUGUUUCUAUUCUCGCGGUUUCAUAAGUUGCCCGUUAUUCACAGCUCUGUUCGGGAAAGCACACAAAUGUACAGAACAAAUGUUUGGAAAAAUGGGAAUGCUUCUAGUUUUCAUAAAUUUUUCAACACUUUACACACCAGGAGAUUGUAGUGUAUAGCAUAUCAAAUAAAUUUCCGAUUCGAUUGAUAUGCAAAUCAUCAAAAUCGGUUGGCAGCAAAAAUGUUUAUUAACGUUAACAUUAUUUCAUAAAAACGUGACCUAAUUUCUGAUUUGGCACCCUUAAUGAAAGACGUAGUCCGACGUCUAAAAGGUUGAGUACCGCUGUUCUAGAGGUUAAACGUUUUUGUCUUGUCCCCGGAACAGAUCCAUAAUCCACUAAGCGGUAUUAUUACAAUGAUAAGUAUUGUAAGUAUUGCCUAAUUAGUACGAUCUUUUUUUUGCCGUGAAUUUUCGAAACUUUAUAAUCAUUUCCACCCCCCCAAAAAAUCCCUUCCCAGUAGACAACACGAGACUCCUAAUUGCGGCUCACGUAGACGAGUAUUUUUUUCGCUUUUGCAUAUACAAAAACUAAUUGAGCUUUUCAUCGAUUCGUGGAACGAUUUUCCCACUCUGAUUCGGAAUCGUUGCCACAAACACAAACACAUUUCAUUUCGCAUUUUCUUCGGCAUUUCCCAACGUGUGGAUGACGUCGAUGCAUUUGGCUUCUUCUUUCCUCUAUCCAGUCUGAUAGGCUUAAGAAUGAAAACAAAAUCACACAAUUUGUAAAUAUGAUGACUUCAACGAUGAGAAAAUUAAUUAGACAUUAGGACAUAAACAUAAACACAAUUCAUACAUACACAUGCAUACAGACAAAAACACAACACUGAUUUCGCAAAAUGGGAAGAUUACAAACAAUAACGAAAAACUUGGCUUCCUAUCGAAAAUGAGCAGUAGAAAAAAAACGAAGAAAGGCAAAGAAAACUAUUUUCCACUUGAGAUAUAAACCCCUCCUCCCCCUCGCUUUCCACUUCCUCCCACACAACCGUGUGCGACACAUUGAAAGAAACUGUACCUCAGCGCCCCCACAAACAAACACUUCACACUUCCAUGCGUCUUUCAGCUCUCAGGCUGACAUUAGAAUAAAACUACUUUGAAUAUAAACUACGUUUAGUUAUCGAUUAAUAUUAGCAAACUAGACUGAAUCAAAUGUAAAAAAAAAAAACAAGCAUGAAUAUCAUUCGACCACGUUGCGCAAAGGAAAGGCAACUAGUUUUAGCGCACGAUAUAUGAUACGUUUGCCACACGGCGGAGCCUCGAUUCGCUCCGUUUUGUUUUUUUGUCAUCACAUUCUCAUUAAUUUGUUUCUCCGUUUGUUUAUUUUUUUUUCGCCUCAAGUCGAUUCGUUUAGUUCGCCGCCUUCCCCAAUUAUUCAUCUCGUUAUGCUUUGCACUGUUUGAUUAUGCUAGGCGGAUUUUCUUAUUUUCCUUUCUACGGUAACAUGUAAAUUUACUAUGUAGUCUGUUUUUGUAUCACUAGGGUUCGAGCUAGGCAUAUUUUGUCAUUUAAUUUAUUUGCUUUACACACGACACAAACACAGAAAUACACACAAAAAUCUUCUAAGAGAGAGAGAGAGAGAGAGAAAGAUAGUGUACUAGGUAAAACUAUAUUUACAAAAAAAAACAUUGAAGCAUAUUAGCACUACGCGGAGGCACACAAAGAAAGGACACGAAAGCAAAAGAAAAACUCUACAGCAACCAUAUUUUACAAAUGUAGUGAAAACUACCAUUUUCCAAAUAAGUGUUUGAUAAAGCGUCUCGACGUGUUGGAAGAUUUUGCCACAAUCGACUUAGAACGUAACACAACACCCCCGAUUCCCCGAAAUGCAUGUUGAAGACGUUUUCAAACGGAGACAAAUAUAUGUAUAUGUAAGCACACUUACUCAAAACGAUUCUCUCAAAUAUAGAAACAAGCAACACAAAUGUUUAUCACAAAAGCCGGAAAAAAAAGAAUAUCGGUAUGGUUCAUUGCAAACGACAGAGAGAUAAACACAUAAAAUAUUACAGAACAACAGAACGAAUGUUAAUCUGGGAACGAGAGUAAAGAUGAAAGUGAGAAAUCAAAUGGAAGGAUUCACGAAUAGUAAUCUUUUUAUGAUAUUUUUAAUUGUAAAUGUUGAUAAUUACAAGUAAUAAGGAUACUAAAAUAAAUAAAAUGACGACGAUGAUGAUGAUGAUGAUAAUGAAUGAAUCACACACACGACAAAAAUGUAUCAGAAAUAAAUAAAAUAUAUUGAAUUUUUUUUAUAAUGAGCUA